AUGUCUCUAGGUGUUUUGUCAGAAUGGCAGAAGCUGCCUUUGAGCUUGAGUGAGCUUUGCAUCAAUACUACGCUCAGAUGCGGCCAGUCUUUUAGAUGGCGGAACUUUCCAGAGAGUCAGGAAUGGCGAUGCGUUCUCUAUGGCCAUCUUCUGUCGCUGAAGCAAGACUCAAACUUCUUGUACUAUAGAUCUGUGCAACCUCCUUCCCAUGCAUUCACCGACAAUGAUCAUCUCAUCCGCAUUAUCAAACAUUACUUCAACCUAACGCCAAAUUUGACUGAACUCUACUCUCAAUGGUCAUCACAAGACCCCAAUUUCAAGAAGAAGGCUGCGCAAUUCACCGGGAUCAGGAUCCUUCGACAAGAUGCAUGGGAAGCAUUGGUAUCAUUUAUCUGCAGCAGCAACAAUAAUAUUGCACGGAUCUCACAAAUGGUGGAGAAGUUAUGCAUACAUUAUGGAAAGCCCGUGGCCACAAUUGAAGGGCGUGCAUAUCAUGAUUUUCCUCCCCCAGGCGCAUUGACUGGCAAGGAUGUGGAAAGCAAUCUGCGCAAUUUAGGAUUUGGAUACCGGGCUAAAUACAUAUACCAAACUGCGGUUAUGGUAUCCAACCGAGAGCAGGGCUGGCUAGAUAGCUUGAGCAACCCCGAGUGUCCAGCAUUUGGCGUGGAUCCUAAACCAAGCGGCGAAAUGAAACCAGAAGGGCGAGAGGGAUAUCGUGAAGCUCAUGAAAAGCUUCUUGAGCUACAGGGAGUUGGGCCAAAAGUGUCAGACUGUGUCAGUUUGAUGGGAUUAGGCUGGGGAGAGUCCGUGCCGGUUGAUACUCAUGUGUGGCAAAUCGCACAGCGAGAUUACCGUUUUGGAAAAAGCUCCAAUAAGAACUUGAACAAGACGACUUAUGAUGCUGUUGCCAAUCAUUUCCGCAAGCUUUGGGGUAAGGAAGCUGGAUGGGCCCAUAGUGUGCUUUUCACUGCGGACCUGCGGACCUUUGCAGACAAACUUGCUGCAACUAAGAAAGUUGAGGUGAAGGUGAAAGACGAAGAGUCUGAUGUCAAGGUUGAGACAAAAGUGACAACUGCUCUCUCUUUGAAGGUUUCUAAGGAGGAAAACGUCGAUGUGAAAGUCAAGGUCGAAGACAUAGAUGAUGCCAAGAAGCCCAGGGACAAGAAGAGAAAGGAGACUGAGAACAUUAUUCCUGUUGUUCAAACAACAGAGACACGGAGAAUGUCCAAGAGACUAAAGCGUUGA